AUGAAGCUGCCCACUUCCCUCCGCCGCUCCAAGGACACCCCGGCCCAGGAGACCGAGCGUCUGCUGGCCUCGACUCCAUCAUCAGAGCUGACCACCACCGCUCCCUCGGGCACUACCAAGACAAAGACUACCAGGACCACCACCACCGCGAGCGGGAUCGACAAGUGGAGCGACAUGCUCACUGCCCACGAUCGAGCGGUUCUGGCCAACUACAACAACAACGCCACCAGCCCCCGAUCGAACGCUACUUCGCCCCGGCGGCAGGUCAAGGACGAGGCCGACCAGAGCAUCCAGAAGUUCCGAGACGGCGAGCAGGUCGCGGCGCUGGCGGCGCUCUACGUCGCCCAGCCGGCAGUGUUCGCCUCCUAG